UGUUGUUUUUACGUUGAAUUGGUAAAGUGUGCGGAGCGGUCGCGCGUGUGUGAGUGUGAAGAAAAUUAAAUCGAGAUUAUAUUAUUUACAAAACACCAAGCGAAAAUCAAACAAAAUGGCCUCGCGCAAACGCCUAAUACAAUAGCUGAACGAAGCGCGUGUACGCAUUUAAUUUAUAUUAGAUUUUGUGCCUGAAAUUCCAAUAAAAAAUAAAUAAACAACGAAAAAGAAAAAGAAAUUAAACAAAAUUAUUAACAAAUGUCGUUGCAUCGUUGCAAAGUGUGAAAAAAGAAAAUGGCUUACGAGCCAUAUAUAAAACGUAUAAUUUAUAAUAAUCAAGAACCACAACAGUUGUGCCAAAUUACAAUAAGUAAUCAGAAUUAUCGGCGAAGGAUAACGGGAGGUGGAGGAGGAGGAGCAACAGAAGGAUGGAACAAAUUUGUGAUAUGCCUGCUAUUGUUCUUGUCUUUUAACAUUUCACAUAGUUGGCAAUAUAAAAAUGUACAUGGCCCCAUAUCAUCAUCUUUGGUAUCCAGCUCUUCAUCAUCAUCAUCAUCGUCAUCGUUGUUGUCUUCCCCCUCCAAUGCCUUCAUCAAUACACCGGCCACAUUGCUCUUUACAACACGCCAUGACAUUCAGAUUGCCAAUAUAAGCCGACCCACGGGCGGACCACAAAUCGAUGUAAUUGUCAAGGAUCUGGCUGAGGCCAUGGCCAUUGAUUUUUAUUAUGCACGAGGAUUGGUCUGCUGGACGGAUUGCGGACGUGAGAUAAUCGAAUGUUCCCAAAUGAACUCCACCACAAGGCAACAGGGACCCAAACAGACUGUGAUAUCGACGGGUUUGGAUAAGCCCGAAGGAUUGGCCAUUGAUUGGUAUACGGAUAAAAUCUAUUGGACGGAUGGUGAAAAAAAUCGCAUUGAAGUGGCCACUCUGGAUGGUCGUUAUCAGAAAGUGCUCUUCUGGACGGAUUUGGAUCAACCGCGAGCGGUGGCCGUUGUCCCAGCCAAACGGUUCCUCAUCUGGACCGAUUGGGGAGAAUAUCCGAAAAUCGAGAGAGCCAGCAUGGAUGGAGAUCCACUGAGUCGUAUGACUCUGGUCAAAGAUAAUGUCUUUUGGCCCAACGGGCUGGCUGUGGAUUUGUCAAGUGAACUAAUCUAUUGGACAGAUGGCAAAAAUCGUUUCAUCGAUGUGAUGAAAUUGGAUGGCAGUAACCGAAGGACAAUAGUGAAUAACCUAAAGUAUCCCUUUAGUUUAACUUACUUUGAUAAUCGUUUGUAUUGGACUGACUGGCAGAGGGGUAGCCUGAAUGCAUUGGAUUUGCAGACACGUGAACUGAAAGAGUUGAUAGACACCCCCAAGGCCCCGAAUUCGGUAAGGGCAUGGGAUGCGAGCCUACAACCGUAUGAGUAUAAUCCGUGUGCCCAUCAAAAUGGCAAUUGUUCGCAUCUCUGCCUGCUCUCCACAAAUAGUCAGGGCUACAGUUGUGCCUGCCCGACGGGUGUGAAGCUAAUCUCUGUCAAUCAAUGUGCCAAUGGGAGUCAGGAAAUGCUUUUCAUUGUCCAACGGACACAGAUUAGUAAGAUAUCCCUAGAUUCUCCCGACUACACCAUUUUCCCACUACCCCUUGGCAAAGUGAAAUAUGCCAUAGCCAUAGAUUAUGAUCCUGUGGAGGAGCAUAUCUAUUGGUCUGAUGUGGAAGCCUAUACCAUACGACGUGCUCAUGCCGAUGGCACGGGUGUAAUGGAUUUUGUCACCUCCGAAGUGCGUCAUCCGGAUGGUUUGGCUCUCGAUUGGUUGGCGCGUAAUCUCUAUUGGACAGAUACGGUAACAGAUCGCAUUGAGGUCUGUCGCUUGGAUGGAUCAGCACGAAAAGUUUUGAUCUAUGAGCAUCUGGAGGAGCCUAGAGCUAUAGCAGUGGCUCCGUCAUUGGGUUGGAUGUUCUGGAGCGAUUGGAAUGAGCGUAAACCCAAGGUGGAACGAGCCUCACUCGAUGGCUCUGAGCGUGUGGUCUUGGUAUCCGAGAAUCUUGGAUGGCCCAAUGGCAUUGCCCUGGAUAUUGAAGCAAAGACCAUUUAUUGGUGUGAUGGCAAGACGGACAAGAUUGAGGUGGCCAAUAUGGAUGGCUCCGAUCGUCGGGUGGUUAUCAGUGAUAAUCUGAAGCAUCUAUUUGGUCUGAGCAUACUCGAUGAUUAUCUCUAUUGGACGGAUUGGCAGAGACGCUCAAUUGAUCGGGCUCACAAGAUCACGGGAAAUAAUCGCAUUGUUGUUGUCGAUCAGUAUCCGGAUUUAAUGGGUCUGAAAGUCACCCGAUUGAGGGAAGUUCGUGGACAGAAUGCCUGUGCGGUGGGGAAUGGCGGUUGCUCACAUUUGUGUCUAAAUCGUCCACGGGAUUAUGUCUGCCGCUGUGCCAUUGACUAUGAAUUGGCUAAUGAUAAGAAAACAUGUGUCAUUCCUGCUGCCUUUUUGCUCUUCUCUCGCCAGGAGCACAUUGGACGCAUAUCGAUUGAGUAUAAUGAAGGCAAUCACAAUGAUGAACGCAUUCCUUUCAAGGAUGUGCGUGAUGCUCAUGCUCUGGAUGUUUCGGUGGCCGAGAGGCGCAUCUACUGGACGGAUCAGAAGAGCAAAUGCAUAUUUAGGGCCUUCCUCAAUGGUUCGUAUGUGCAGAGAAUUGUAGAUUCUGGUCUUAUUGGACCCGAUGGCAUUGCUGUGGACUGGCUGGGUCAUAAUAUCUAUUGGUCCGAUGCGGAGGCCCGUCGCAUUGAGGUUGCCCGUCUUGAUGGCAGCAGUCGACGGGUCCUGCUGUGGAAGGGAGUGGAGGAGCCGCGUUCGCUAGUCCUUGAACCGCGACGUGGUUACAUGUAUUGGACAGAAUCACCAUCGGACUCUAUACGAAGAGCCACCAUGGAUGGCAAUGAGUUGCAGACAAUCAUAGCGGGAGCUAAUCAUGCGGCUGGUCUCACUUUUGACCAGGAAACAAGACGUCUCUACUGGGCUACCCAGUCAAGGCCAGCGAAAAUCGAAUCUGCCGACUGGGAUGGACGUAAGCGUCAGGUUUUGGUCAGCAGUGACAUUGAUGAACCGUAUGCCGUAUCCCUGUAUCAGGACUAUGUCUAUUGGAGUGAUUGGAAUACGGGUGACAUUGAGCGUGUCCAUAAGGCCACCGGCCAGAAUCGUAGUUUGGUGCACUCGGGAAUGACUUACAUUACCUCGCUGUUGGUCUUCAAUGAUAAACGUCAGACGGGUGUGAAUCCCUGCAAGGUAAACAAUGGCGGUUGCUCUCAUCUCUGUCUGGCACAUCCCAGCAGAAGAGGCAUGGUCUGUGCCUGCCCCACACACUAUCAGCUGGCCAAAGACGGCACCUCCUGCAUAGCUCCACGCAAUUACAUUAUCUUUAGUCAAAGGAAUAGUUUUGGAAGAUUGUUACCUAACGCCACAGAUUGUCCCAAUGUGCCAUUGCCAGUUUCGGGCAAGAAUAUACGAGCGGUGGACUAUGAUCCAAUAACGCAUCACAUUUAUUGGAUUGAGGGCAGAAGUCAUAGCAUUAAACGUUCUUUGGCCAAUGGUACUAAAACCACUUUAUUGGUCAAUUCCGGGCAACCUUUUGACUUGGCCAUUGAUAUAAUUGGUCGUCUGCUCUUCUGGUCAUGCUCUUACUCCAAUAGCAUUAAUGUCACGAGUUUUCUGGGUGAAUCCAUUGGAGUGAUCGAUACGGGAGAUUCGGAGAAGCCGCGCAACAUAGCCGUGCAUGCCCAGAAGCGUUUACUCUUCUGGUCCGAUGUGGGCAGUCAUCAGGCUAUUAUAAGAGCCCGAGUCGAUGGCAAUGAACGUGUAGAGUUGGCCUAUAAGCUAGAAGGUGUUACCGCUUUGGCUUUGGAUCAACAAUCGGAUAUGAUUUACUAUGCCCAUGGCAAGAGAAUCGAUGCCAUGGACAUUAAUGGCAAAAAUAAGAAAACUCUUGUGUCCAUGCACAUAUCCCAAGUGAUUAAUAUAGCAGCUUUGGGCGGAUUCGUCUAUUGGUUGGAUGACAAGACGGGAGUGGAACGCAUCACGGUGACGGGUGAACGCCGUUCGGCGGAGUUACGAAAUCUGCCCCAGAUCACAGAUGUACGUGCCGUCUGGACUCCAGAUACAAAGCUUCUACGGAAUCAUACUUGCCUGCAUAGUCGUACCAAAUGCUCACACAUUUGCAUAGCCAGCGGCGAGGGCAUGGCAAGGACUCGUGACAUUUGCUCGUGUCCCAAACAUUUGAUGCUACUCGAGGAUAAAGAGAAUUGCGGCGCCUUGCCCGCUUGUGGACCCGAUCAUUUCACCUGUGUGGCACCGGUGGCUGGGAAUAGUGAUAUGAAUAAUGAUUGUAUACCAGCCAGUUGGCGAUGUGAUGGUCAAAAGGAUUGCCCUGAUAAAUCGGAUGAGGUGGGCUGUCCCAGCUGUCGCCCGGAUCAGUUUAGUUGCCAGUCCGGCGAAUGCAUUGACAAAUCUUUGGUCUGCGAUGGCACCACCAAUUGUGCCAAUGGCCACGAUGAGGCUGACUGCUGCAAGAGACCUGGGGAGUUCCAGUGUCCCAUCAAUAAGCUAUGCAUUCCCGCCGCCUUGCUCUGUGAUAACUGGGAGAAUUGUGCCGAUGGUGCUGAUGAAUCACCUGACAUUUGCCUACAACGUCGCAUGGCUCCAGCUUCGGAUAAGCUGGCCUUUAUGAUACUGAUUGGUGGCACAAUGUUUACAAUAUUCUCGAUUGUGUAUUUAUUGCAAUUUUGUCGCACACGGAUUGGCAAAAGCCGCACUGAGCCCAAGGAUGAUCAGGCCUCGGAUCCCUUAUCGCCAUCGACUCUUAGUAAAUCGCAAAGGGUGUCUAAAAUAGCCUCAGUGGCUGAUGCCGUGCGCAUGUCUACUUUGAAUUCAAGAAAUAGCAUGAACUCCUAUGAUAGAAAUCAUAUAACAGGAGCUUCGAGUUCCACCACAAAUGGCAGCAGCAUGGUGGCCUAUCCCAUUAAUCCACCACCAUCGCCGGCAACACGUUCACGUCGUCCGUAUAGACACUAUAAGAUUAUCAAUCAGCCACCACCGCCGACUCCAUGCUCCACCGACAUUUGCGAUGAAUCGGAUUCGAAUUAUACCAGUAAAUCGAAUAGUAAUAACAGCAAUGGAGGAGCCACCAAACAUUCAUCCAGUUCGGCCGCUGCUUGUUUGCAAUAUGGCUACGAUAGUGAGCCAUAUCCGCCGCCGCCAACGCCGCGAUCACAUUACCACAGCGAUGUUCGUAUAGUGCCCGAAUCCUCGUGUCCGCCAUCGCCAUCAUCGCGAAGUUCCACAUAUUUCUCACCGCUGCCACCGCCGCCAUCGCCCGUGCAGUCGCCAAGUCGUGGUUUUACGUAACAUUUUGAGAUAUACAUGUAGAACAAAUACCCCCAAUACCCUCCCUUCCUUCCCUCCCUCCUUUUCGUCCGUUGUGUAUUAUUUUUUUAUAUCUAAAGUUUAUUUUAAGUUUCUAUAUAUAACUAAUUUGUAUAUAUAUGUGUGUUUAAAAUUGGUCAUUUAAGGCUUUAACUAUUUUUAAUUUAUGGCAAAGUUA